AUGGUUAAGGAAAUGAGGUUUGUUCAAACGUGGGGAGAGGUAGCGCCAAGGCUUAUUGCAUCUCACCAGAAACAACAACAGCAAUUCUCAAGCUUGCCGAAGCUUGAGACGAUUCUUGAAGAAGGUUGCUGCUGCGGCGCCGACAGUUUUGCUGUUAGAGCGCCCAAGCGGAUUGUGAUCCUUCUUCCUCUUAGGAACUAUAACCCGUCUCCGUAUUGUUCAUCUACACCAUACUACUAUCCGUAUCUAUUGAUCGACCACCUUCUCAAGGUCGGAGAUUCUUCCGACGGCCGCGUAGAGAGAGGGGACGAAUCAGAAGGCGAAAAGAACGUUGUGAUCAAAGACGAUAAACUCGCUGAAGAAGUCCGCAACGCAAUGAACGCAGCAUUUACCGGUAGGGAUUUGGAUUUUCACAUUCUUGGGAAAAAUAACAUCUACAAUGAUCAAGAACAAGUUCGUCUCUACACGUCUUACCUUAAAGAUUUCCAAAUCCCUCCUCUUCCCAAAGGCUCUCAGGUCCAAAACAUAGCAGCGACUAUUCGUCCUUACCUAGACAAUGUCGAAGAUUUGGUGGUUGCUGUCAAGUUUUCAGGAUCUCAAGUUAGGGUUUGUAGGUAUAAGGACACUCGGUGGAUCGAUAUUGAAACUACACAUGAGAGUAUAAGCCAACACUCGAACCUCAUGUAUUCUAAGAAAGAUGAGAGGUUCUACGUUCCAACUCCUGGUUGCAAUUACCUAUGCUCCUUUGAUCUCAACUUCAAGGAGAAGGACAAGCCCGAGUUCGUCGAGGUUCGGAAAAAAGAUGUUCCAAAGUAUGAUUUGUUCAAGUUAGUUUAUAUGAGUAAGUUUACCAAGACAGACCACAUGGUGGAGUCACCUUCUGGUGAACAAUUCCUUAUCUCCAGGUAUUACGAGGGUGAGGCUGAUAUUUACAAAUGGUCAUUAAGAGUCAUUAGCUUAACAAGAUUUUUCAUGGUGUUUAGAGAGGAUGAACAAUUGACGGACAAAAACACAAAAUAUAUGUCUUACACUGAAAACAUUGGGGACCUUUGUAUCUUUCUUGGACGUGAUGAAGCUUUCUGUGUACGAGCGAGCUCAUAUCCAGGUCUUAAGGCUAACUGCAUCUAUUUCGUGGGACAUAGCUAUGGAGUUUACGAUAUCUCCACCCAAACUUGCACUCUUUUCUUAGGAAAGGAUCUAAGCUCCAAUGAAUUCCCUUACUGGCCUCAUCCACUUUCUCUUACUCCUUAUAAAUAA